AUGUUCAUUUAUUCGUUGGAGAAAGAUCACUGGCACGGCGGAGUGGGACGAGUUGAAGAGGAAGAGAUUGGCUGUAAAGGCGUCGAUUGUGGAUAUGGGAGAUGUCUUCAAACAACACAAUUAUCUCAACCAUUCUGUGUUUGCCCACAGGGGAAGACUGGAGACAAAUGUGCACAAGAUUUAACGAAAGUUGCGCUGAAAAUCGGGAAAUCAAUGGGAACUGGGGUGUAUUUAAAUCGAGUUUACACAAGUGUUGAAAGCUCGACCAAUGCCAACUUCUCAUUGGAUUUCCGAACGAAAGAACAAGAAGGAGUACUUUGGUGGGAAGGCGCUUGGACAGGCGACUCGUCAAGCCGGGAUUUCUUAGUGAUUUUCGUGAAAAACGGGCAAAUUCACGUUGGAAUUGAUCUGGGGAAAGAUUCGCCGAGUUCUGCGUCGAAAUUCAAAGCCGUACAAGUGAAGGGGAAAAGAGUGGAUAAUGGGGAAUGGCAUGCGAUUCAGAUGAAGAGAAUGAAAACCCGUUUGUUGGUGGAAGUCGAUGGGGUGGCGAAGAUACAAAUAGUGACCACUGAGGGCAGUCAAGAGUUGGACACGAAUGGACUCGUGUAUUUGGGCGGAAAAGCGGAUCUCCCCACCAUUUUGCCUAUUCGACGCCCAUUGGAGGGAUGUGUGCGAAAUGUGCGACUCGAUCAAAUCCCCGUUGAUCUCAUCGCUCAUUCACUGCCCAUUCAAAGGAGUCUUGUGAAAUGU